GCAGAAGAGAAGCCGCCAGGUCCAAUUCGGCCCAUUGAAAUCUGACCGCGGGUUGGAGAAUGUUUAAGAAUAGAAAUACGCGAACUCAGUGUGAAAGCGUAAACAUUUUGUUACCGCCUUCAUUGGAAUUGUCGCGGAUUAGAGAAUGUUUAAGCACCGGCGAAAACAGAAAUACGCGACCUCGGUAUGAUUGUGUUACCGCCUUCUACCGUUCGUUCUCUUCCUGCCUCCUCCCCCGCCCCACCCCCGCCUCGUUACUGGCGCAUCGCGUCUCGGAACUGCCCCCUCGGCAGCGAGGAACCAAAGCCAGAAUAUUUCUGAUCCGGUGUUAGGAUACAGGGGUUUGUUGCGAGGCUAUGGAGGGAUCCCUGGAGGCGCGACCCGGCGUACUCCUCGUCGGCGCCCCCGGCGCCGGCAAGCGAACCAUCCUCUCCCGGUUGCUUGCUGCUGAAAUACCGGAAACACAUGACUUGUCAUCGGGUGUGCUUUGUCAGGGGUGGACAAUUGAAACAAAAUAUUAUUCAGCUGACCUUUCCAUUUGGACAGCAAAUCUCGGGGACGGGUUUUCUCUUGGCUCCCUCCCUCAUCUAGAUCAGUUGGCUGCUCUUGUUAUGGUCUUCGAUAUGAGUGAUGAAUCCUCCUUUCUGACUCUCCAACGUUGGGUUGCCAAUGUUGACAUUCAGAGGUUUGAAGUCUUGUUGUGUAUUGGAAAUAAAGCAGAUCUUGUACCUGGCCAUGGUGCGCAUGUAGAAUACAGGAGGCGUAUGCAAAGGCUUGGGGAGUCAAGUUCUGAUCCACAUCCUGAAUAUUUGGAUUUUGGGAUAAACAAAAGUGAGGGUUGUGGCUUGUUAUCAGGGGAAGAGCCAUGCAUAGAGAUCAGAGACUCCACUUCACAGUGGUGCAUUGAGCAGAACAUAGAGUAUAUUGAGGCUUGUGCUUCCAAUGCUGACUUUGAUAAAUGUCUAUCAGUGGAUGGUGAUAGCCAAGGCUUAGAGAGACUCUUUGGAGCUCUUUCUGCACAUAUGUGGCCUGGAAUGAUUCUGAAAUCUGGAAACAAAAUAACUGCUCCAUCCUUGGUUGAGAAAGAAGAAUCUACAGAUGAUGAAUCCACCUAUGAAUUUGAGUACGAUGUCCUGUCCCAUGGAUCUGAUGAGCAGUGGGAAUUCGUUGGCGAGUCAAGUACAUCCAGGACCUUUGAGGGAUUAAAUGAGGCUAGUGAUACACAGGAUCACACGCAUCAAGCUGUGAAGGGUGAUGCUGACUCUUCAGCAUCCAACCCUCUCCCGAAUGACACUUCCACAGAAACUGCUGAAUCAAGUACUGCAACUCAGGACCACAAAACUAAGGAUAGUGGUCAUGUUGAUAACACCGAAGCAGAUACUGAUGAGAAUCAUCAAUCUGACGCCCCAGAGGUUAAUAAGCUCUUUGAGGAUGAACAUUAUGGCCUUGAUGAUCUGGAGCGGCUAAUGUCAGAGAUUGGCAACAUGCGAUCCAACCUAAGGCUCAUGCCUGACUUCCAGAGGAGGGAGACGGCUGCGAAGCUAGCCAUGAAGAUGGCAGCCAUGUUUGGUGAUAAUGACGAAGAGGGCUUUGAGGAUAUCUAAGCAAAUUCAUGUAUUUUACCUUACAGCUGAUUUCUAGACAGGAUUGCAGAUGAUGGCAAGUUCAUUUUGCACAGACAGAUGAGCACCUGGCCCACCUAGGGCAUUUUUCAUUAUUAUGUCUUUCUUCCCUAGUAAAAUUUUGCUCCCGUUGGGUCUUCCAUAUAGUUGCUGCUACUGUUGUAAGAUGUAUUAGUAUGACUUAUUCCCUUGAAUCCACUGGAAUAACUUUGUGAAUUA